GGCAUGCGGCUGGCCGCCAAGAUCUACGAUCCGGUAUACUUCAAUCACCGCGACUACGACUGCGAUCCCUUUCGCUACCUCGACCUCCUUUAUAACCAGGAGACGGCAGCUUAUCGACACCUGCAUGCACGCGGUCUGGGCGCAUGGAUCCCGCAGUACUACGGCUCCUACGAGAUGGACAUUGAGCAUCCCGGAAUCGGCACCCGCCAAGUACGCCUCAUCCUCAUGGAGUAUAUUGAGGGAGUCUCGUUGGAGCUCCGCGAUCCAGCGGACUUCGACGUGAUCACCCAGAAGCGCGUUAUGGAGCUGAUCGUCAAGGCUGAGUCGCAGUUCUACGCCGUCGACCUGCGCUACGAGGACCUCUGCAUGCGCAAUGUCAUCGUCCACGGCCUCGUCGGUUUCGACCCGAACUGCCAACCUCGCAUCACCUUCAUCGAUUUCAGCAAUGCGAUCAUCAGUCGCACUGACAGUCGCAAGAAGGGCUGGACGAAGGCGUGCUUUCUGCUGCCGGGCGUCUACAUCUCCCCGAUCCUCCGUUGGUACCGCGGCUACAUACCCAAGAAGCACGACUUCACCCAAUGGUGUGUUUGGAACUGGAACCACUGGCUGUGCGAGACGUUCGCCGAUGACUUCGAGCAUAUUACUCCGGAGAUGGUCAAAUGGGUCCCUGAUGAC